UAAAUGGCGAAUGCAACAGGGGAUGUACCAUUAAGAUCAUUUUUUUCCUGCUCCAGUGAUCCGAAAGGACUACUAAUCUACAUUCUGUCAUUCGUGAAUGUUCUUAUAGCGAUCACAUCUUUUCCUGGAAACCUCUUGAUAAUCGUCGUUCUUCGAAGGAUUACAUCGAUUCAUCCACCAUCAAAACUUUUAUACAGCUCUUUGGCUUCCACCGAUCUUUGCGUCGGCAUCAUAUUACAGCCUUUGUCAAUUGUUUAUUUGUUGUCUCUAGAGGUCUCCGAUCUCUGUAGCCAUAUUGGAUCCACCCUCUCAGCUGUAGCCUUGGCCCUUUGCGGAGUAUCUUUGCUCACAUCCACUGCAAUUAGCUUUGACAGAUUUUUCGCCCUGAAACUUGGGAUAAGAUACAGGCAUUAUAUAACAAAGGAGCUGAUCUGGGCCUUCGUAUUUAUUUCUUGGCUUGUUAGCUGUGGCAAUGCAGUCAUAUAUCUAUACGAAAGUGAUGUCUUUGCGUAUACAACCACUGCAGCUGUGUUUUUGUGCGUAUCAACGUCAGUGUUUAGUUACGUAAAAAUCUACCGCGCACUUUGCUACCAUCAAACGCAAGUACAACAACGGCUACAUCUCCAGCAGCCCAAUAGAAGAGUUAUUCCAAUCAAUAUUGCGCGAUACAGAAAGACGGUGUCCAGUGCGCUCUGGGUAUCGGCAGUGCUGGUAGCAUGUUAUCUACCAUUCGUCGUAAUUAUCUUCACAGCUUACUCCUCUGGCAUACACUCACCUGUUCUUGCCUUAGCCGCGGAUCUAGCAAUAACUCUUGUUCAGUUGAAUUCUUCUCUGAAUCCAUUAUUGUAUUGCUGGAAAAUUAAGGAAGUAAGACGAACAGCGAUAAACUCACUCAAGCAAUUCCUCUGCUGCUAAAGUUUUGUUGAUUAAUGUAAUUUACUCUUGUUUGCCUUUAUCCUUUUAAGAUCGCUUCCUUUCAAAGAAUGCAACGGUAAAUUGUGCAAAUGUUAUAACGUAAGAGAAUGAAUUGAAGAUAUUUCCAAAAAAAAAAAGGAUAAGAAAUUGGUAUGCGCCUGCAAAUUUUGACUACUUGUAAAUUGCCCAAAUUACCACAAUAAGUAUGAUCGGCAGUUCUGUAGUAAAAACCAAGAUGGUAAUUUAGCUGUUGGUUUGUUCUUCAAUUCCCUUGCUUUUCAACUUCUUCGCCUUCUCUUGUUUCCUUGGCAUAAGGAGUUAAGUUAAAUGAAUGCAAUCAGUUCUCUUCAGAGAAAGUCACGGU